AGCAAGCUGCCUCAAGCCAGGUACUCUAAGUUGGGGCACCCGGCGUGAUGGCCCCAAAGGUUCGGAAGGUGCGGGCACGGCAGAGGACGGAGCUGAAGGAUGAGCAGAAAGCUGAGAUCAAAGAGGCCUUUGACCUGUUCGACACAGACGGCACUGGCACCAUUGAGGCCAAGGAGCUGAAGGUGGCUCUUAGGGCGCUUGGCUUUGAGCCCAAGAAGGAGGAGCUCAAAAAGCUGGUGUCUGACUUGGACAAGAGUGGCAGCUCGCACGGCCAGGGCAUGCUAGACUUCAAUGAAUUCUUGGAGAUCAUGACGGCAAAGAUGAGCGAGAAAGAUUCCAAGGAGCAGAUUUUGAAGGCCUUUCAGCUCUUCAAAGGCGGCAGCGGCAAGAUCAGCUUCGAGGACCUCAAGGCGGUGGCCCGGGAGCUGGGGGAGAACAUGUCCGACGAGGAGCUGCAGGAGAUGAUCCGUGAGGCCGACAAGGAUGAUGAUGGGGAGGUCAGCGAGGAGGAGUUCAUGCGUAUCAUCCGGCGCUCGACGCUGUAAGCAGGCGCAAGCCCAGGAUGGAAUUCAAGUAGUCGAGCUUGGCACGCGGCAAUCCCAGUCUGUUGUGCUGGUUUCACCCACUCGUUGCUGAUCACUGCUGCGCAGUGCGCGUGGUUCAAAAUGCAGC